AUGUUUGCAUAUUACUUCUGUCUACUUUAGAGCACUGUCUAUCAACCGGUAGGGUGGCACCACUUUGUUCAUGUUUAACCACAAAUCAUGUUUGGCCGCUGUUUGUGGAAAGUUUUCUGAAUAAGACUUUCUGACUGUCAUUCUCCCACAAACCCAUUGAACUUGUGACGGUGUUUGACAUGGUUUUAGUCAGUUAGCCUACCUAGUAAAAAAGCUUACAUGUGGCAGCGCACAUACUCUCUGCCUGGCCGGUUUCUGUUUGUGGAAGGAGGGAUCCCUACAGUCAGCGUACUAGAACUCUUCGAUACAAGGGAGCGAAAUAAUUUUGUGGGGAAGACCUAUCGUUAAAAAGCCUCUUCACACACCCCCUCUGAAGCCUCUUUCUCCUCCCUGUGUGGUGCUCUGCCCCAUGAUGAGUGCACAGCCUCGGAGGAUCCGCCUAAAGCCCUGGCUGUUAGCCCAGGUGAACAGCGGGAGGUACCCCGGCCUGCAGUGGCUCAGCCCGGACCACCGGAUCUUCCAGAUCCCCUGGAGACAUGCCACAAGACACCAGCCCACCUCUGAGGAAGAGAACACCAUCUUCAAGGCCUGGGCUCUAGAGACAGGGAAGUACCAGGAGGGUCUGGAUGAGCCUGACCCUGCCAAGUGGAAGGCCAACCUGCGCUGUGCCCUCAACAAGAGCCGGGAGUUCAAACUGAAAUACGACUGCACCAAGGAGACACCCGUCCAGCCCUACAAGAUCUACGAGGUCUGUGACCAGCCCUGCAAUGGAGACACAGUUGAUGAAGAUGAUGAGGAGGUGAUGCCGAAUAUUGUUGGUCUCUCCAUUGACCCCAGAAUUAGUGACCCACACAGUUUUCAGGCAUUCGGGGUGCACCCUGGACCCGUAGGAUCCCUCCAACAGCCUGGGGUUGGGCGGAGGGACAUGCAGCCUCCUGUGGUCACUGAGAUGUCCCCCAUGGUUCCUUCUGCUGCAUCUGUGGCUCCGGUUGCCCCUAACCCAGGUGCCGCCCCCAUGGAGGCCAUGUCAGGAGUCCAGAACCAGGAAGAAGGGCAGGCGGUGCCACCCUACAAAUAUGACCUGCUGAACAGCCUGCCAUUGACUGACCUAGACAUGAAGUUCCUGUACCGGGGUCGCAAGAUGGGCUCCCUGACGGUGAGUAACCACCAGGGCUGCCGGCUGUACUACGGCCACCUGGAGCCCACCCCGGACCAGGUGGACCUGUUUGGCCCUGUCACCCUCAACCAAGUUCUCUUCCCUGGCUCGGCCGACAUCCAGAACGAGAAGCAGCGGUUCUACACAGAGCACCUGCUGGAUGUGAUGGACCGAGGCCUGAUCCUGGAGAUCUGGGAGCAGGAUAUAUACGCUAUCAGGUUGUGUCAGUGCAAGGUGUAUUGGUCUGGGCCGGGCAUUGACGAGCAGGGGCCACCCAACCCUAUGGAGAGGGAGAGGAAGUACAAAGUGUUCAGCCUCAAUAACUUCCUGCACGGGCUCAUCUUGUUCCAGAAGGGUGAAACUCCCACCCCACCACCGUUUGAGCUCUACUUCUGCUUCGGGGAGGACUGGCCAGACCAACAGAAACCCAAGGAGAAGAAGCUCAUCGUUGUGCAGGUGGUCCCGGUGGUGGCGCGGAUCCUAACAGAGAUGUUUUCUGGAGAUCUGUCCUGGUCCACAGACAGCAUCCGGUUGCAGAUCUCCAACCCAGACCUGAAGGACCAGACAGUGGAGCAGUUCAAGGAACUCCAGAGGCUUCUCCAGAGUCAGCAUGGCCUGGGACCCUGAGUCAGGGGCCUCUUGCUGGGUCUUAAACAGGGCCUGUCCUGGAUCAAGGCCUUGACUGCACUUGGAUAAAUAACCUUAUUCAACUGCGUUUUGUGUUGGGAUAUUAGCCUUCUUUCAACCCUGAGCCUCCCUCAAUGGAAUCGAUCAUCCCUACCAUCCAGCCUAGAGCCCUGUAUCUUGGGCAGAACUACAUCAAAAUCCAGACUGCUGUAUCCUCAAUGUGUUUUAGUUCCUUAAAUUAUUUUUUUGAAUUUCAAUAAAUACCAUUGCAGUAUUUUUUUUUUUUUUAUAGUUGUGGCAGAUAUUACUCCCUCGAUUGUCACAAAUUUCUAUCCAUUUUCCUUUCGCAACACUAACUGGCUCUCUCGAAUGGACACGGAUGCUACGGAGCCAGAAAUGUGACACACGCAAGCAAUGAAUACAUUAAUCAGCAAAGUGGUCAUUUGGUACUUGAGACAGCUGUCAGAGGGUGUCUAAGUCAAGGCUUUGUAAAGUUGCAGUUGAGAAUGGGUGAAAGUAUCCACUGAUACUGUCGCUUCACACAGGCUCAUUACCCUCAGAUUCCAUAGGCAAUUCUAGAACAUUAAGAAACGCUUACCUUCGUUCAGUUAACAGCUGGAAGGGAACCUGUUUGACUUGAACAGAGUUGUGGACGUGAUCCAAACAUGUACUUGGCAGUGAGGGUGAACCAGUCAGCAAAUUACCCUCCGCUGAUGUCACUCACCACCCUUCUAUGGAGUUCUACACGCAUUCACUGGAAAUUUGAUUAGUGUGAAUGGGAUUGAGGAAAAGUAGGGGCUUGUGUGGAAGUGUCUCCGGAUAUAUUUCCGAGUUGCAGCUACACAGUAAGCUACUUAAAUGUCCAGACGAAUUCAUGUCGGCAUCCAAGUAGAAAACACCUAUAGCACUCCAAAUGCAUAAUAUCAAUGUGUGUAUGUGUUGUCUGACAGACUAGUGGCUCUGCUGCAACAAAGAACACCUUGACCAACUCGUUACUUUUAGGGGGUGAGGGAUCUGGUAUGAACAAACAUCUAAACAUGAUACAGACAAGAGCACGUUUGUUCCUCACAGUCGUUUUUAUUGUUGUUCACAACAUGGCUACAACGCCGACGGUGGUGCCUACCUCCAAGAAUGGACAUUGCCAGAGGUGGAAGAACAAAAAAAAUAUAUAUACUAUUUGCCAGAGUCCCACUCGACCUGUCACAACUCUCCUUCCCUGGUAAUAGAGAACAGUAAAACUCCAGCCAACAUGUUUAAAAAGGUCAAAGGUGACGCCAAAUCUCCCAGCAUUCCCUUCAACCAUUUCCUUAAUGCCUCCACAAAGCAGUGGUGACCAUUUUGUGAAGGGCCUCGUGGGUUUGCUAUUUAUUUUUCUAUAUGGCACCGACAGCAAGACCAUGUUAAAGUUCUAAAGACACAUCCAUGAAAAUAAAUCAUUUCUCAAUUUAAAAA